AUGGAGGUCGUCCGAUGCCGUGCAUCUACCCCCCAAUUUAACGCGGAGAGUCAGGUCGUCGGGACUCUCUCCUUGCCGGAGGAGAGACCUCUUUCCGUGGUACGUCUGCCGUUCGCAGGCCACCACCCUGCAAACCGCGUUCCCGAGCGGCAGUCCAGCACUAUUGCGGGUUACAGCCACUUUGGAGCAGAGGACGAUGACAGAGCGGUGAUGAUGCUGUGCUGCUGGCUACGCUCUUACAAUAAAAUGGAAAGAACACGCAGGAAAAGGCACGACGAGUUGGAACAGAAACGUUCCUCCACGAGACUGCGUGCAGUGUGUACGUCUCCUGCAUGCAAAUCUACCCCCUCAGGCGGAGCGCGGGCUUGUCGUUCUACCGUGCCGCUCAGGAAGCGGAAAAGCGGCAAGCAAACUUGCAGCGCAGAGUUCGUAAUUUUUCUUGCCAGCUCGCUCUUUUCAACUUAUUCGUUCACAAACGCUUCGUGUGCAUCUUGUAGCCACUCGUUGAUGUAG